GGGAGUAGGAAAGAAAAGCUGAACCUGCAGCAAAGAGCUGGGGGUUGUGGAGAACGUGGUUAGGAAGGGCAAGCAUGUCUCUGAAGCCUGAGUGGUUCUCAGUUCUGUAGCCUUCGCCUCCCACUGGGUGGAGUAAGACCUUUAAGAGCAGCUGGAAUGCAGUUCCCUGAUCAGCUUAGCCAGUUGUACAGUCUCAACCUCUGCUAGUCCUAGAGAGCAGGGCCCAGGGCUCAGACCAGCAGACCUCCCUCUGCACCUUCACCCCUUCUUUCCUGAGCAAGAAGCUUCCAGAGAAGUAGGUUCCCACUGUCCAGCCAUGGGAGAGGACGCUGUACAAGCAGAAAAGUUCCAGCACCCGAGUGCUGACAUGCGCCAGGAGAAGCCAUCCAGCCCCAGCCCGAUGCCCUCCUCCACACCAAGCCCCAGCCUGAACCUGGGGUCCACAGACGAGGCCAUCCGGGACAACUCGCAGGUGAAUGCGGUCACUGUGCACACGCUCCUGGACAAGUUAGUGAACAUGCUGGACGCUGUGAGGGAGAACCAGCACAAUAUGGAGCAGAGGCAAAUCAGCCUAGAGGGUUCGGUGAAGGGCAUCCAGAACGACCUCACCAAGCUCUCCAAGUAUCAGGCGUCCACUAGCAGCACUGUGAGCAAGCUGUUGGAGAAGUCUCGCAAGGUCAGCGCCCACACGCGCGCUGUCAGGGAGCGCAUGGAGAAACAGUGUGCACAAGUGAAGAGGCUGGAGAACAACCACGCCCAGCUCCUCCGACGCAAUCAUUUCAAAGUGCUCAUCUUCCAGGAAGAAAAUGAGAUCCCUGCCAGUGUGUUUGUGAAAGAGCCGGUUUCCAGCCCCGGGGAAGGGAAAGAGGAGCUUGCCGAUGAGAACAAGUCCCUGGACGAAACACUACACACUGUGGACCUCUCUUCGGAGGACGAAUUGCCUGGUGAUGAGGUAGCCCCAGAAGAUAGUGCAGAAGAGAAGAUGGAAGAAAGCAGGGCAGAGAAAAUAAAGAGAUCCAGCCUCAAGAAAGUGGAUAGCCUCAAGAAAGCAUUUUCUCGCCAGAACAUUGAGAAAAAGAUGAACAAGCUGGGGACAAAGAUCGUAUCUGUUGAGAGGAGAGAAAAGAUUAAGAAAUCGCUCACAUCCAAUCAGAAAACAUCAUCAGGGAAAAGCUCCCCCUUCAAGGUUUCUCCCCUCACUUUUGGUCGGAAGAAAGUCCGAGAGGGAGAAAGCCCUGUGGAAAACGAGACCAAGUCAGAAGACCAGAUGCCGAAUGACCACGAGGAGAGUUCCUUCGCAGAGGGUCUUUCUGAGGCAUCACUCCCCAGCGGCCUGGCAGAGGCCAGCACAGAAGAUGCUGAGAACGCCUUGGGAGGGAGCAACUCUGGCAUGAACAGCAACGUCGACCUGACCAUCGUGGAGGAUGAAGAGGAGGAAUCGGUGGCGCUGGAGCAAGCACAGCAUGUGAGCUAUGAGGGUGGUUACAUGCUCAACUCCCAAGACAUGGAACGGUCCAGUGAAGAACCAGUGCAGCCCGCUGUGCUCCACGUGGACCAGACCGCUUGAGCACACCGCCAGAGUGCUGGACCAGCCAUAGAACCCCACGUUGAGGAACCUGCGUCCUGGACACCACCUCGGGGCCUCUCCAGUUCUGCCCACUCCCCACUGUGACUGUCCAGGCAGUCAUCACUGGUCACACAGUAGCCUCAGACAUACAUGAGAUCGAAGAAGCAACCUGCCAGGGAUGCCAUGUUUAAUUGGCUCUUAAUUCUCUUUCUGUAGAAUUUUUCUAAGAUUGUCAGAGGAAGAAACAAAUUAGCUGAAAAACAUUGGUCCAUUUGGUUUAGUCAGAAAAACUAGAGGAUACUGAAGAAAUUAGUCAAGCAGUGUGAUUUAGGUUUGGUUAUUCUACCAGCUUGCUGGAUAGUGUAUCAGUAAUAUAGCGGUUUUACAGUAAUCUUGUGAAUGAUUAUUCUUCAAGUGUGUGAUACAGAAUAUAUAUAUAUAUAUAUAUAUAUAUGUGUGUGUGUGUGUGUAUGUGUAAGGUAAAGACAUAACUACGUAUUUUAAGAAGAAAACAUUGACAACAGGUAGAAGAGAAUGUUAAGUUGGUUAUUCACUUAGUAGAAACCAUUUUUAUUCCAAGUUGGGGGUGGGUGAUUGAAAGGCUACUGUAGCUAAUAGCAUGAAUGCUAUUAGCAUAGAAAAUUAAAGUGAUAAUGUUAGAAAAUGAAAGAAACGGGAAACAGAGAUGCCAAAGAGAAGGAAGACAAAGAGAAGAAAGUAUCUGCUUAAAAGUGAAACCUUCACAUUAUUAAUCUUGCCUAUCGCACUCUUUAAAUAGCAAGACUAAAGACGUUCACACAUCCUGCACGCCUAGGCUUUAUCUUCACAAUAUUUUCAUAGUCUAAAUUUCCAAAUAAUAUAGCCACCAUAUUGUAUUAAAGCUUUUUUUUCUUAAUAAAAGCAGGACACAUUUUUCUGUGAAGAAGUUCAGAAGGAUAUUGCCUCUUUAACAGUAGAAUAAAUGUAAGUCUGACUGGAAGGUCAAUCAUACUAUUCUUUAAUACAAUUUGAAAUAACCUUUACACUCCAAAUACGAUGUAGGUUUAUAAGGUGUUCAAAUUUACAUGUUUAGGAAGGGUAGGAUGAUUUUUUUUCCUUUUUGUACAUAAUGGUAAUUUCAGAUCAUAUUUUAUUUAUACAUUAAUUUCACAGAAUAAUAAUGUGUUUUUUAACUUCUUAAAGCAUGCUAGUAUUUUAUAUUGUGUAUAUAUUCACUCAGAUGGCAAAUUUUACUGCUGCCUAACACACUAAAAAAAUUUGCUUUAUUUUUCAUUACAAGAUGCUAAUGUUUUGUUAAAUUGUACUUUAAAGAUAGUGGACCCAGGGCUCAAAUUCUCUUUUCGUAUGCACCACUAUUAGUAAUCUUCAAAACAGAAAUAAUCCAAGACAGCAUUAACCAACUGUGUUCUCUGUCUUUAAGUAAAGGGAUUAAACUAACAAGCGGAUUGAUGGCAUGGCCUAUUCAGCUAUGUCCUUAUUUUGCAAUAAAUGUAACCCCAAAUACUGAAUUGUUGAACUAACAACAUCUGUGUUAAAGAAGAUUAAAUAAACCAAAAGAUGAUAAGAAUAUAACAGUGUCAGUUUGUUUGGUAGAACAAUUUUACAAGCAGAAGGAAUUGAUUUUUAAAUGUUCCUCCAAAUGCAGUGGUAAUGUUGACUGUUUCAGUCUUGAUUUCUCCUAUUAACUCUGCUUUCUUUUUACCCAAGACUCAUUUAGUAAUCCAACUCUCAUUCUUCAAGUUUAACUUUCUUGACAUCACCUUGCCAGCUCUGGAUAGCAUCUGAAUUAUUGCAACAGCUUGAUGAAUUUGAUAGUUCCACCUGUGUUUGAUUGUACCAGAUCUUAUAACACCUUCAAUAGUCUUGCAAGCAUGAAUCUAUUGAACUAUAUAUUCAGAUUAUUUUCUCAGAUACAGAUUAUUCAGAUUAUUUGUCUGCUGGAGUGCCAUACACUAUAUAGAUUUUUUUUCACCUUGAACCUGAAGCAAGCUUGGUGCACCUUUACCUUUCUGUCACUAAAGCAUUCAUGUAUCCAUGGGGCAAUGUAAUGGUUUUGC